AAUACGUAUGGCGCUGUUGUUCAUAGUGUAAAGAUGGCGGCUACUGCGCUUGUAAACAUGUUUCAAUUCUCCAUAAAAAAUACAUUAAGAUAUUUGCCGCAAAUACCUGUUAAUGUUGCAAAGAGGAAUUAUUCAAGUAGUUUCUUUACUUCAGUCACAGCAGAACAGUUAUGGAAAGGAGUGACAAGUGUUAGUAAUGCAGGAAGAAAAAAAGGAAGAGGUAGAGGAAGUGGAAGAAAAUUUGCAAAAGACUUAAAUAAAGGACAAAUUAUAGGAAUUGGAAAGAAGAAUAUGAUUUGGCCUGGUUUAAAUGCUCCAGUUUUUAGAGGAAAAGAAAUUGUCGAACAAAGAGAACUACCAGAAAACAAAGAAUAUGCUGAAAAUAUACUUAAAAUUAGAAAUGAAAUGAGUAAUUUUAGAAGAUUGAAAAUACAACCUUUAGAAAGAGGUUAUAGUGGAAAUAAGAUAGCUGGCAGGAAAUUUGGACCUCCAGAUCCUAUUGGUGAAGAAAAAUUUGAAGACUUUGAAAGUAUUAUAUUAGAGAGCAAAAUUGUGGCACACAUGACUGGAAAUUUAGGUAGAAAACGAAGUUUUAGUAUUCUUGCAGUUACAGGAAACCGAAAUGGCGUAGCAGGUUUUGCUUUAGUCAAACUUCCUCUUGCAAAAGCAGCAAUUAAAAAGGGAAUAAAUAGAGCUGCACAGAGAUUAAGAUUUGUGGAAAGAUUUGAAGAGCAUACUGUAUGUCAUGAUUUCUUCACAAGAUUUGGUCCUGUAAAGUUAUACGUCUCAAAGAAACCCAAAGGUUAUGGUCUUCAGUGCCACAGAGUACUCCGCAGUAUCUGUGAAGUGGUUGGAAUAACAGAUAUUGAAGUUAAAAGAGAAGGAUCCAGAUGUGUUCUUUCCAUGGUGAAAGCAUUCUUUUUGGGUCUUCAAAAACAAAAAACACAUCAGCAGAUAGCGAAAGAAAAAGGUCUGCAUAUUGUUGAGUUCCGGGAAGAAACAGAUUAUUUUCCUAGGGUGAUUGCAUCGCCAGAGAGGUGUCGGACCGAAGAAGAGAUUCUUCCAGACGAAGAGAUAGAUUUUGACUUGUAUAUGUCUGAGGGUAGAGUGCAAGUAAUACGUCCAGAAAAGCCACCUUUUUAUACACGCCUUCCUUCUUGGGAAAGGUAUUUGAAGAAAACGCAAUUUCGUCGCAACCAUGAUAAAGUUAGAAUUGAUUUAAUUGCAAAAUAUGGUGAUGUGAAAAGCUUUCUUACCAUACAAGAAGAAAAUAAUAAACAAGAAGAAGUGAAAGCUGCAGUAGAAGAGGCAUAAAAUAUUCACCAUAAAAAUUGAUAAAACUGGACAACAAUGAUUUUGUUUUGGGCUCAAAAUUAGCAUAUUCUUAUGUAUUUUCAUCUGCUGAAUUCAAAAAUCACUAUAAAAAUGACCAAUUAGCUCUUGCUUUGGAGCAGCGGUUCCCAACCAGUGGUCCGCAAGAGCUAAAAUAUGGUCCGCGAAAGAUUUAAAACUUUUAUUCAUUUUAAAUUAUAAUUUAAAAUGAUUGACAUAAGCUAAAUAAUACAAAAUAUAUGAGAAAGGUUUUAUAGUAAAAUCUAUAAAAAAAAUGUUUCAUUACAAAAUAGUGCAUCUUCAAUUAUUUCAAAUUUUUGUUGGUGUUUUUCCUGUAAAACUUCUCAGAUCAACAUAUAAUAAAACUACACUCU